CCCCGCGCCUGAUCCUACUGCUGCCACCAGCCGCACCCCGGAGACGACCCCUGCGGGAACUGCCUGAGGGACUUCGCCCUCCCGGAGCUGCUACUUGCCGCCGCUGCAGUCUCGCCCGCCUGCCUCGCUCUCCCGGGAGCUGCCUCGGUGGAAGCGACGAUGUCGGAGGUGCUGCCUUACAGCGAGGAGAAGAUCGGGCCCUAUGGGGACGGCGGCGAGGUGGGGCAGAUCUCCUUCACCUGCCGCCUGCAGGACACCAACAACUUCUACGCGGGGGGGCAGACCAAGCGGCCCCCCAAGCUGGGGCAGAUCGGCAGGAGCAAAUGCGUUGUCAUUGAAGACGACAGAAUUGACGAUGUCCUCAAAAACAUUUCAGAGAAACCACCUCCGGGAGUUUAAAUCUUUCCACAGAGACACUGAGUGAAAAGGAGGGGGAAAGAAAAUGAUUGACCUUUUAUUAUUGGGUUAAAAACAAAACAAAAAAAGGCAAGGAAACUAAUAGCACUUUGAAGUUAUUCCUUGCUAUCCUGUGACCCAUCUUGCGAAAUCCUUAGGAGCAGGCUCAGAGGCAGACGAUGUGAGAUGAGGAAAGCAGUUUUACUCAUGUGUGAAAAGAUAAAAUAAAUAAAUCCAAGCCCAACUAGAUUCCAGGAACUGCAAAAUGCAAACCGUACAAAUUGAAAUGUACGAAGAAGAGCUCAGUUGUCUAAAUUAAGACUGAUGCCCCCCCUUUUUCCCUCUGGAUGAUGGGUAGUUGGGAAUUUGGAUUUUAAAAAGUCCCUUAAACAUACAGAACAGAAAAAGGCAGGGAAUCUAGCAGUGUUUUCUUGGAAACCUUGGGAAGUGUCACUGUUUAUACUUGUUCUGAACAAGCACUUGUUUACAUGGUAAAAUCUUGCAAAAACAAUUCCAUACAUUUCCAUACAAUAUGUUCUCCAUCUCCAUUUUUUUAUAAAAGAAAAUGUCUGUAUUCAUGAAUGUGGGUGGGGAAAGGGAGGGGGAAAUAAUGAUAUAUAGUUAUAAUUAUAAACAUCUAUAUCUAUAUCUAUAUUUAAUUCUAGCUACCUUUUAAAGUUUCAACGGAAUGUACGGAACCAAAACUUUUUUCUAAGGAAGGGAUUCUACAGGGAAGAAAUUCUCUCAGUAUUAUUAUUUUCUGAAAACAGAUUGCAAAUCUGGUAUUUCACUGUUGCAGGAGGCAAUUGUUCUUAAGGAAAUAGAGAAAUUUAAUUUUAUAUGUGAAAUGGGGGCUGAAAAAACAAAAGAUGUGCAUCGCUUUUUCUAAUGACCACAAGCAAGCAACUGCUUUCUUUCUUUUCUUUUCUUUUUAAAAAUGGUGACUUUAUUCUCUGUCACAGAGUAUGAUUAAAAAAAAACCCCACAUAGACAACACCCCACCCUGCAAAAAUCCCCACUCGAACCACAAUACAGUGAGAAGUGUGCCAAAUAUUUUGAAAUGCCAAAAGGCAUUAUUCUUUUUCCCUUUUCCCAUUUUUGUGAUUUUGAGUCCACGUAAAGUUGCAUUUUUGUACCUGAAUAAUCCUCUUCUUUAUAAAGGCUCUUUACUGACUCUUUACGUGACAUACACACAAUACCUAUGGGAAGGUGACUUUCGGAGUCUCCUCCAUUUUCUCCUUUCUUCCUUUCUGGUUCUCCUGAUUGUACUUCAAUUUUACUUACGGUAUUUUUGCAUGACCUGCAAAACAAGAGGGGAAAUGCCUCUUCAAGUGAGGAAAUAUUUUUUUGCCGUUCUCUUCGCAUAAACUCUGGAAUGACCUUUCAAUGGGUAGUCUUGUUUCCUUUACUUAUAAAUAUCGUGUAUGUUGCACUCCUUUGCACAGGGCUAUUUCUGAAAUGUAUAAUAAAAAAAUGAAUGAAAAAAAGAGAAAGAA